AAGAAAGGCUCGGACAAACUUGGGGGACGAACCAUGCACAGACCUGUCUUUUUUUCUCCGACAGGAAAGUGAACUCGGCUAAAAUAUUGCUCUGCCGAAUAUCGCCUCGUUUGACAUGAACUCCAACGAAUUGUCUGUGUUGACGCUCAAUUGCUGGGGUCUUAAAAUUGUAUCCAAGAAACGACGAUUCCGCCUCAAAGCCAUUGCCGAUGCAAUCAGUACAGCCGAAUAUGAUAUUGUCACUUUACAAGAGAUUUGGAUGUGGGAAGAUUUCGAUUACCUGAAACAGCAGACCCAGUCUACCCUUCCCUAUGCCAAAUGUUUCUAUAGUGGCGCUUUAGGUAGUGGACUCGCAAUCUUAUCGCGCUUUCCAAUCGUCUCGACGUCGUAUUUCCGAUAUUCUUUGGCAGGGCGACCACUGAAGGUGCUCCAUGGUGAUUUCUAUGUUGGAAAAGGAUGUGGUUCAGCAUGCAUUGAACAUCCUGACCUUGGCGUGCUUGAAGUUUUCACCACACAUCUUCAUGCAGGUUACGGUAACUCGGAUGAAUACGAAGGCCAUCGAGUAUCCGAGUCCUGGGAACUUGCUCACUUGCUUCGGGCAUCCGCUGCACAAGGACGUCAUGUCAUUGCGACGGGUGACUUUAACAGUAUACCCACUAGUUACAACUACCAGCUACUAAAAGCCCAUGCCUUCAUGACUGACUCUUGGCUCGAAAUUCACCAAGACGCUUUGACACAAAACGAAGGCGACGGGCCGACACAUGACAUGGUGCAACAACUGGGCAUCACCUGCGACUCACCAAUGAACACUUGGACCAAGCGCGAAAAAUUAAAACAGCAACCCUAUUCCAAAACCUUGGGUGAUCGACUCGAUUACAUUUUUUAUCGCAAAUCCACACAGCUGGAAUGUUUGCGUUCAAGUGUGGUCAUGACAGAACAUAUACCCGGUACACAAAUGAGCUAUUCGGACCAUUUUGGCGUGCUUUCGACAUUUGCUGUUUAUAGUGACGUGCCGGCCAUGACAACGACUACGGCUGCGGAUAUGCCGGAUACAGCACAAUUGGGUCGCCCAACGUACACAUGGAUCGAACCAUCCAUGUUGGAGCAAAUUUUGGAGCUUUUCAGGCGGGAUGAGAUUGCGACACGCAGAACAGCUAAUUUGUUGUUGGCGUUGUUUGUGUUUCUAGUCAUAGCUGUUAUUGCAGUAUAUGCCACGGUCAUUGCAUUGCCUGUGUCGUUACGGAUAAAUGAGCAAGGAAGUUUGAUUACUGCAGUGGUAAACACAUUGGGCGGAUUAUGCGUUGUUGCUAUGGCCGCGUUUGCAACUAUCUGUUUCAUUGUGGGCUUCGUGUUUGGCCAUACCGAGCAGCGUGCUCUGAAGCAGUUUGCACUUGAAGUGGAUACUUUGCUAGAAGGGAUGAAGCAACAACAACAUGGUGGUGCUAGAAGAGUACCACAAAAGAAUCCAUCACCGGCUAGCAGCUCUGAUACAGAGGCAUUAUUACGUUUUGACCAAUGAUAGAUAACCUUAUCUCAUAGUAUUUCUAUGCUUGUAUAUUGAACUUCUUUUGCGCCUUCAUUUCAGACUUUAUACUCCAUGCUAUUACACACACACACACACACACACAUCUCUCCCCUACUUCCCACACUACAUCACGUAGAAAAGCUUCCAUCCCUUUACAAAGUAUAAUUGAAGCUAUCAUUAAUUCAGCAUAAAUUGCCCAAAAAUGG